UAGGCUAGCUGCCUAUAAAGAAGACCGCUCACGGGUCCUCUGAUCCGUAUUCUUAGCGCCCACCACCGGCACUACCCCUCCUUCUCCCCGCCUCCUCAGUCUCAGCUCCGGCGAUCGAUCUCCGGCCGCCGUCCGGUCCGUCGCCACAAUGUCGGGCAACAUCGCCUUCGGCCGCUUCGAUGACUCCUUCAGCGCGGCGUCCCUCAAGGCCUACGUCGCCGAGUUCAUCUCCACCCUCGUCUUCGUCUUCGCCGGCGUCGGCUCCGCCAUCGCCUACACCAAGUUGACCGGCGGCGCGCCGCUUGACCCGGCCGGGCUGGUGGCCGUGGCGGUGUGCCACGGGUUCGGGCUGUUCGUGGCGGUGGCCAUCGGCGCCAACAUCUCCGGCGGGCACGUCAACCCGGCCGUCACCUUCGGCCUCGCGCUCGGCGGCCAGAUCACCAUCCUCACCGGCGUCUUCUACUGGGUCGCCCAGCUCCUCGGCGCCAUCGUCGGCGCCGUCCUCGUCCAGUUCUGCACCGGCGUGGCGACCCCGACGCACGGGCUGUCCGGCGUGGGCGCGUUCGAGGGCGUCGUGAUGGAGAUCGUCGUCACCUUCGGGCUCGUCUACACCGUGUACGCCACCGCCGCCGACCCGAAGAAGGGGUCGCUCGGCACCAUCGCCCCCAUCGCCAUCGGCUUCAUCGUCGGCGCCAACAUCCUCGUCGCCGGCCCGUUCUCCGGCGGCUCCAUGAACCCGGCGCGCUCCUUCGGCCCCGCCGUGGCCAGCGGCAACUACACCAACAUCUGGAUCUACUGGGUCGGCCCGCUCGUCGGCGGCGGCCUCGCCGGGAUCGUCUACCGGUACCUCUACAUGUGCGGUGACCACGCCCCCGUCGCCACCAGCGACUUCUAAGGCCGCCAUUGCCGCUAGCGACAUGCAUGCAUAAGCACAAAAAUGGUGGUUUGCCAUGUUGUUAAAAAGCCUUUUGUUGCGAGGUUGUGACACUUGGAUGAAGGAUGAUGAUCCGUGUUUGUUUGAUUUGUAAUGGGGAUGAUGAUCCAUGUUUCAUUGUGAGAUUUGAUUUGAUUAGAUCCAUGUUGUUGGGUUUUUUUUUUCUUUGUAGCAUCCAAAAAUAAGAUUGUGCAUUCCCUCGCAAA